AUGCUCAGAAACCUUGCCUCCAUCACGAAGCUUGCACUUGAAGAGAUCGCGAAUUGGGAGGCGAUCAGGGAGUGCUUCACCGCCAACGACCGCGUCUUUGUGACGCGGCCGAGCACGGCCAUUGCGAAGCACUUGGGCUACGGCGGCGCGAGCUUUGGGUUCGCGCCGUACGAGCGCUAUUGGCGUGACGUCAGGAAGAUGGUGACCGUUGACCUCUUCUCCGCCCGCCCCCUUCACGACUUAGGUCAUGUGCGGGCGGAGGAGGUCGAUGCCUUCGUCAAGGAGUUGUACUCGAUGAGCGACGGUGGCCGGCCAGAGGAGACGGUGGCGUUGGGUCGUCGGAUUGAGCACUUGACGUUCAAUAUCAUCGUCAGGAUGUUAGUUGGGAAAGAUUCUCGUUUUCCAUGUAAGCUAUGUCAAAACUUUAUUUUGUAUGAAAAUAUGAAAAUUCAAAUAAUUAGGUACUCUCUCAAUCCCUUAAUUCUAAUCAUGACGGGAUCAGAAUGCACAUCUGCGAUAAUAAUAUGGGCAAUCUCGUUGCUCCUAAACAAUCCUCAUGCCAUAAAACUAGCUCAGGACGAAAUUGAUAGAGUAGUAGGUACAGAUAGAUUCGUGCAAGAAUUCGACAUCAACAACCUCACCUACCUACAAGCAAUCUUCAAAGAAACCCUAAGGUUGUACCCACCGGGCCCCUUAUCAGGACCUCGCGAGACCCUCAAGGACUGCUACAUCGGUGGAUACCAUGUCCCAAAAGGUACGCGUUUGGUCGUUAAUAUAUGGAAGUUGCACCGUGAUCCAAAUGUUUGGUCCGAGCCAGACGAAUUUAGGCUCGAGAGAUUCUUAAACGAAAAAAAUCAAAUAAAUUUUAAAGGACAAUGUUUCGAGUUCAUCCCAUUUAGCUCGGGUCGAAGAAUGUGCCCCGGGAUGACAAUGGGGUUGUAAGUUAUACAACUAACCCUAGCACGUUUGCUCCAAAGUUUUGAGUUAUCAAUGCCAAAUGGGGAGACAGUUGACAUGACUGAAGGGUUGGGACUCUCUCUCCCAAAAUUGAAGCCUCUCGAUGUUGUUAUAAUUCCAAGGCUUUCUACAACAUUAUACCAGCAUAUCUAA